GUUUAUUUUAUAUAGGCUCCGAUUUCCUUUCCCCUUUCUCUGUUCGCGACCACCGCCAAGAAUACUAAAUUAGGGCUGAUCCCAGCAGCGACAACCGCGGGUCGUUUACCCGCUUCCCCGCCCUAAUUCCUUCUCCCCCUUCCCCUCCUUCGCUUGCCCUAACCCUAACCAUGCAGAUGUGAAAUUUGUCUAAUUGAUGCUAAGGAUUGAGUUUUGGGAGCUGAGUCUGUUGAAUUAUGUGGACGAAUGUCUUCAGAAUCGGAGAACUCCAAGUUGUUUCAUGGUUUCAAUUUCUCCCUUAUGAAUCUGAUCCAAACCCUCUUCCAGAGAAAAGUUUGAAAUCCGAACAGAAAGAUGCUGCUACUUAUUUGGUGCUUUCAGCACAUCUGCAGUUGCAGAACAAUGGAUUUCUCAGCACGUGGACCAACUCUUUUGUUGGUCCAUGGGAUCCAUCUCAGGGCAUACACAACCCUGAUGAGAAAAUUAAGCUUUGGCUUUUUCUUCCUGGACGGCACUCUUCAAUAGAUGAGUCUGCUCAAGCUGCAGUAUCAAAAUUGAGAGUUAUUGGUACUGGACUCUGGUUAGCCCCUGGAGACUCCGAGGAGGUUGCUGUUGCUUUAUCUCAGGCAUUGAGAAAUUCAUUGGAAAGAUCAUUAAGAGGACUAUCCUAUGUGAGAUUUGGGGACGUUUUCACCAAAUGCCACUCAUUUGCAUCAAACACACAAAACUUCAGGAGAGUGCAACCGACGAUUGAGUUUAUCUUUUCUGUGAAUGAAGAAGCAAUCUACGUGCAUGCAAUAAUAUCUGCAAAGCAUGUUCGGGGACUUUGCAGCGAUGACAUGGAAAGGGUAUCAAAGCAUCGUUCCUCUAAUUCCACUGGGGAAGGUCUUCCAGUCAUUGUUGCCCCUAAUGGCAUGCGAGGAAGACUUACAGGAUGUUGUCCAAGUGACCUGGUGAAGCAUGUGUAUAUCAGCAAGAACAAGGCUUCAAAAGGGUUAAUUGGGGGAAUGCCUUUUGAUGUCGCUCAAUCUUCAGGCUGCCAGCUAAGAGGUCAGAGUUGCUUUGUUGAAAUUACUCUGGGUUGCUCCUCUAAAUGCAGUAGCAAAACUUUGGAGUCAGGCGUUAACCAAAAUAAGAACACCAUCCAUCAUGGAGAGGUACAAAUGAAGCCUGUUGGAAGAAGUCAGCAGAAGCAGGGAUCAGAAGAUCAACUUGCAAUUCUUCAAAGAACAUUCAUUUACCAACCAGAAACUGUGCUGGUUCCUUUAAUGCACAAGGCGUUUGCUAGAACUUCCCUCAAGAGGUUUUGUCGGAAAAAUUGGUCCCAAAAAUCAUUAACUGAGCUGUGGCCAUUAUGGGGUUUUUCGUAUUCAUCACAUAUUGAACAUUGCUUGGCAUUUGGAAGCACUUGCAAUGAUGUUAUUGAUGGACUUGAAGUUGAUAAUAUGCGACUGCAGCGCCGACUUAAUAGCAACAGCAACAGUAGUAGUAUCAGCAGUGUAAGUAGCACUUCAAGUGAAUCUGAUAAUGUGAUGGCUAUUGAUGGUGAUGAUCUUGAAGCAGAUGCUGAUUCUCAUGGCUCUAAAAGGGCUGCUUUAUUGUCCAAUGAACAACUCGAGAAUGAUGGCAGUAGAAUGGUUAAGCGUCCUCGGACAGGCACAGAUGCACUUGGUCAGACUGCAGGCGUACUUGUGCAGGAUGCAAAUAAUUCAGCUUCUGCAGGACUGAUAAAUUUUGAAUCUCAAUGGGAUUGGGACGAUGAUGAUGACGAGAAAGGCUUUGGCUUGGAUAUCCAAAUAAUACUUUCCGAAUUUGGAGAUUUUGGUGAUUUCUUUGAAAAUGAUGUUCUAUCAUUUGGUGAGCCUCCUGGAACAGCUGAAUCUCAAGUCCUCAUGUUGCCUGCCCCUGAUUGUGAAGAUGUCAGUGCAAGUCCUUGCACUGGAGGAAUGGAUGUUGAUCAGAAACUUUCGCCUGUUGCUCUGACUUCUUUUGAGGGAGUUCAUCUUCCACGUUUGGCGCUUACGGAAAAUACUCAAAGCAAAAAUACAGAAUCUACAAGGGAUUCAAGAUCACUUGCAGAAAACCAUUUCUUGCCACCCUCUAUGGGUAAGUUUGAUUAUCUCACAAAGGCUGAAGCGAUGAUGUCAUUUGCACCUGAAUAUGCAGCCGUUGAGACUCCUGUUAGUGAGUUUUCAACAUCAAUUUUUAAAAGUCCAUACUUACCCCGAUCUAAAAGGGUCGAAAGUCUGCAGUCAAGCACAAGUGCUUAUGUGUACGGCAUUACACCAUCUUCUUCUUGUGUGGAGACAUCAGAGGAAAAACUGGAAACAACAGGCAAAGUGGGUUCUGCAGGACAUGAUACAAAUUCCUCUGCAAGAUCAUCGAAAUUAUAUGAUCUUGUUCAAGUCGGGAGAAAAAAGAACGACAGUAAAUCAACCAACAAUGACAUAUCUUUACUUAAAGGAGAUGCAUCUUCUCUGUCUGGCAUCAAUUCGUCAACCACGACCUUCACUCUUCAAAGGAAGAACGAACAAACAUUUGAGGCGGGACAUCUUUUACUGCCCGUAAAGACUGUACUUGCUACAGAAAUUGAAUGCAUCAUGUUUCAAGCUGCCAUGUGUCGGAUAAGACACACAUUACUUUCACUGAACAAUCAUUUACCUUUUGGAUUGAGUAAUGUAGCUGGAAAUGUUAUGCCAGAAUCCUGUAUUACUCGGACACCUUCUGAUAUGGUGCCUAAUAAGUAUGAUAUGAAGAAGAAAGAUUCUUUACCUGUCAGAAUAGCUGGUGAAUUUGACGGAGGAAUUUUUGAAGAACCUCUCACCGCACAGGUGGGUGUUUGGCGCUCUGUUGGGGUUCCUAAAGUAACAAAGUCUUCAAAUAUGCGAAUUUCAGAAAAUUCAUCUUCAUUGGCUGGUAAUAUGCUGACUGAUGAUGGUUUAAGUUUCUCUGGGCAAAGACAACCUCUUCAGGAGCUUCUGGAUGCGAUGGUCUUGCUAGUUCAACAAUCUACUUCCUUUGUGGAUAUUUCACUGGAUAUGGAUGACAGUGAGAGUUCCUACUAUUUGCUUGCGUUACAGGAACAAGGAAGGCGUGGGUUUUCUUGUGGUCCUUCUAUGGUUCAUGCAGGUUGUGGUGGACUUUUGGCCACAUGUCACUAUAUGGACAUUGCUGGUAUUGACUUGAUAGAUCCGCUCUCUGCUGAUGUUCCACCAUCAUCUGUUAUUAGUUUGCUGCAGUCAGACAUUAAGGUUGCCAUGAAAUCUGCUUUCGGAAAUCCAGAUGGCCCGUUAACAGUGUUUGAUUGGUGUAAAGGACGAAGCCAAUCGAUCGACUCAGGAGCUUCUGGAGAUGGAUAUUCUUAUGUUAGUGAAACUAAGGACUCCUCUGGUAAUCUUACUAUUGUUGGAGAUUCAAUAAGUCCUCAAUCAAUUGGUGGUUCAUCUUGUAUUAGAGAGGGGCCGAGAAUGGAUGAAUCAUCUCAAAGACGAUUAAGCCAAGAGAUGGGCAAUUCAGAGUCAGAACAGCAAAAGGGCUAUUCUUGUGGUAGGCCAACAGUUGCGGUGUUGCCAUUGCCUUCUAUACUUGUUGGGUACCAGGAUGAUUGGCUGAAGACAUCUCCUAACUGUCUUGAAUUCUGGGAAAAAGGUCUAGAACCUUAUGCUUUGCAGAAGUCAGUUACUUACUGUGCUGUUUGUCCGGAUAUUAAUCUGCUUACUUCAGCUGCUGCUGAUUUUUUUCAACAGUUAGGAACGGUUUAUGAGGCCUGCAGACUAGGAACUCAUUCACCUUUGGUCAAUGGAAGCCAGAUGGAACUAUCCCCUGGAAAGGGUCCAUCUUCUGGCCUAGUUCUUGUUGACUGUCCCCAGCAAGUGAAGGUUGCAGGAAAUAAUCUAUUUUCUAUCAGUUCAAUAAGUGACUACUUUCUGGCGUUAUCCAAAAGUUGGAGUGUGGAUAAAUUCAUUAGUGCUCUUGGAAAGGUUAUCAGGGAUCUAAAACUCACUACAAGUUCUUCCCAGAAUCAGAAGGAGGGGAGUGCAGGUCCAUGCACUGUAGUAUAUGUUGUAUGCCCUUUCCCUGAUUCUACAGCUGUUCUGAGAACUCUGAUCGAGUCCUCUGCUGCCAUAGGAUCAGUUGUCCUGUCUCCAGAUAGAGAGAGACAAUCCUGGUUACUCUCUCAAGUUGCGAGAGCUCAAAGUUGUCCGGCUGCUGCCGAUGAAGUAACAUCAAAUGUUGUAAUGCUCUCAGGAUUCAGCAUUCCAAAACUUGUUUUGCAGAUUGUGACUGUCGAUUGCUUACUAAGAGUCAAUAGGCCAGUGAGUGAGCUUACGGUCUUGAAAGAUAUUGCUUUCACUGUGUACAACAAGGCUCGUCGAGUAUCACGGCCUAUUCCUAGCAAUGACAUGUUUCGGACAUUAUCUGCGUCAGGGAGACAACAAGCUUCAUUGAUGCAUGCGGCUUCUCCAAUUCAAGGCAUGUGGAAGGAUUGCCUUGCUCCUCGAAUGUCUGGAUCCUCUCUUUCUAGAGAAGGUGAGCUUGAUGCUGCCUUGAGGCCUGGUGCUUGGGAUAACUCAUGGCAGGCAUCAAGGACAGGACUUGAUUCAAAUAGAUCAGCGGAUUUGCAUUUUCAAGAUGAGACAAGAUGCAUGUUUGAACCACUAUUUAUACUGGCAGAACCUGGUUCUUUGGAGCGUGGCUCGUCUGUGAGCGUGUUAGGAAGUGCAUCACUAGAAUCUUCUAGUUCAAAAUCUGGUAUUGAUGAUAGUAGUGGAAUUUAUAUGCAAAAUUCCAAUUCAGGAAGGAAUUCAGAGGUUGGAACAAAUUCAUUGCUCGACAUAGCAGACCAUGAUCAAAAAUUAGCCAGCCUUCACUGUUGUUAUGGGUGGACUGAGGACUGGCGGUGGCUUGCCUGCAUAUGGACAGACUCUAGAGGAGAGUUGCUUGAUUGUAAUAUAUUUCCAUUUGGUGGUAUUAGUAGCUGCCAAGAUACAAAGGUUCUCCAAAGCCUGUUUGUUCAAGUUUUACACCAAGGUUGUCAAAUAUUAUCCAGUUCUCCUGAUUCUGGCUCUGUUAAGGCAAGGGACAUAAUUAUUACACGUAUUGGAGGUUUCUUUGAGUUAGAAUGCCAAGAAUGGCAGAACGCUAUAUAUUCAGUUGGAGGAAAUGAUGUUAAGAAGUGGCCCCUGCAACUAAGGCGAUCUACCCUCAACAUUCUCUCCUCGAGUACUAAUGGAACUUCUCUUCAGCAACAUGAAAUGGGUUUAAUACAAGAAAGAAAUCUUCCUCCCUCACCUAGCUCUUCUUUAUACAGCCCUCGUGCAAAAACAAGCUAUAUGAAAAGUGGUCUAGGCCAGGGUAAUACCAAAAAACAACUACUGGCAGGACAGACUGGGGCUGACAAUUCAAGAGGACUUCUACAGUUGGUUCAGAGCAUCAGUUUAGUUGGAGUUUCUAUUGAUCAUUCUUUGUACCUAAUGCUUCCAGCUGAUUCUUCUUCCUCUGGCACUGGAACUCAAAACAGUAGCAGUGGUUCAACUUUCUCUGGAUAUGUCGAAGGCUUCAGCCCUGUGAAGUCUGUAGGAUCAAUGCCAGCCUCAUAUAUCGUAAUCCCUUCACCAAAUAUGCGCUCUCUAUCUCCAACACCCUUGCAACUUCCCACUUGCCUCACCUCUGAAUCUCCACCCCUUGCACAUCUUUUACACAGCAAAGGCUCUGCAAUUCCUCUCUCAACAGGAUACAUCGUGUCAAAAGCAGUCCCUACCAUGAGAAAAGAUCCUGCUGAGCCAGUGAAAGAUGAUUGGCCUUCUGUUCUUUCUGUCACCCUCAUUGAUCACUAUGGGGGUAACAACAGUAGCAGUAGCAGUAACAGUAGUAUACAAGACAAAGUUGGUCGAGGUGGCAGUAAACAAGGAAGGGGUGUUAGUAUAGGGCCUGAGGCCAUAAGCAAUAGAGAUUAUGAAUUGGAGACUCAUUUGGUUUUGCAGUCAGUGGCUGCUGAGCUUCAAGCUCUUUCAUGGAUGACAGUAAGUCCAGUGUAUUUGGAGAGACGAAGUGCUUUGCCUUUUCAUUGUGAUAUGAUUCUAAGACUUCGAAGACUUCUGCAUUAUGCGGAUAAAGAGUUGUCGAGACCUCCAGAUAGAGCACAAGGGGUCUCCUGAACUGUAAGGCGUUAGCUCUUAAACCUGAGAUUGAUAUGUUUGUAUUUUUUUGUAAGCUAGUUUCGGUUUUUCUCUUUUUAACACCAAGAUGUCAAGCAGGCUGUUGUUUGUGGCUGCGGCAUAUGUAGGUAAUAUCAUAUAACAUUGUAAUUACAAUUUUGUUAUUCAAUUUAAUGGGUAGUUUCCCCCCCUUUUGGAUGUCAA